AUGGCAUCUAGACUCUCUCUUACUGCACGUAGCCGGCUGCUGAGGGCUUCUACUCCCUCAAACAAAUCACUAUCUAUAACCUCUCGUUUUACUCGUCUUCCGAGAAAUCCGUACCUACUUGCCGUCGCUGCCAGAUCUACUAUACCACUUUCCUCCGUGCGCCACUAUGCUAAUGGUCGACCACAUCCCCCCGGUGGUACUCACCGCAUGAACAUGAGUGCAGAGCCAGAGAAGUCCGCUCUAGAACAAUAUGGUGUCGAUCUGACUAAGAAAGCGAAGGAUGGCAAGCUGGAUCCUGUCAUUGGAAGAGAUGCCGAGAUCCACCGAACUAUCCAGGUACUAUCCCGUCGCACCAAAAACAAUCCAGUAUUGAUUGGUGCAGCUGGUACCGGCAAGACUGCGGUACUAGAAGGACUUGCCCAACGUAUUGUGCAAGGCGAUGUCCCGGAGAGUAUCAAGAACAAACGCGUGAUCUCUCUGGACUUAGGUUCGCUGAUUGCGGGCGCCAAGUUUCGUGGUGACUUUGAAGAACGUCUGAAGUCCGUGUUGAAGGAGGUUGAAGACGCUCACGGCGGUGUCAUUCUAUUUAUUGAUGAGCUUCAUACUUUACUGGGACUGGGUAAGGCUGAGGGUAGCAUUGAUGCUAGCAAUCUACUAAAGCCCGCCCUUUCUCGUGGCGAGCUUCAAUGUUGUGGUGCUACAACUUUGAACGAAUACCGUCUAAUUGAAAAGGAUGUUGCUCUCGCUCGACGAUUCCAGCCCAUCCUUGUCGAAGAACCAUCCGUUGCCUCCACGAUCUCCAUCCUACGCGGUAUCAAGAAUAAAUAUGAGGUUCAUCACGGUGUUCGUAUUACAGAUGGAGCCCUAGUUGCUGCCGCCACUUAUAGCAAUCGUUACAUCACCGAUCGAUUCCUCCCUGAUAAGGCAAUCGACCUUGUGGAUGAGGCUGCCUCUGCUCUCCGUCUACAACAAGAAUCCAAGCCCGACGCAAUCCGAGAAUUGGAACGCGAUAUCACGACCAUUCAAAUUGAGCUUGAGUCCCUCCGAAAGGAGACAGAUGUGAGCAGCCGCGAGCGGCGAGACAAACUGAAAGAAGACUUGAAAGUUAAGCAAGAGGAGGCAAAGGAAUUGACCAAUGUCUGGGAAAAAGAGAAAGCUGAAAUCGACGCCAUCAAGCGCACCAAAGAAGAUUUGGAACGCGCACGGUUCGAACUCGAAGAAGCUCAACGAGAAGGAAACUUUGGCAAAGCUGGAGAGCUUCGAUACUCCAGGAUUCCUGAGCUCGAGGCGAAGCUACCCAAGGAGAGCGAGCAAGAUUCAGAGAGCCAGAGUCUCAUUCAUGACUCUGUUACCGCCGACGACAUUGGUAAUGUGGUAUCUAGAACCACUGGCAUUCCAGUCAAUAAACUCAUGGCUGGUGAUGUUGAGAAGUUGAUCCAUAUGGAAGACACUCUACGUAAAUCAGUUCGGGGACAAGAUGAGGCUCUGUCUGCUGUAGCAAAUGCAGUUCGCAUGCAGAGAGCUGGACUCAGCGGUGAAAACCGCCCACUAGCCUCAUUCAUGUUCCUUGGGCCCACCGGUGUCGGAAAGACUGAGUUAUGCAAAAAGAUGGCCGAGUUCCUAUUCUCCACCGAGUCUGCAGUUGUGCGAUUUGACAUGAGUGAAUUCCAGGAGAAACAUACCAUCAGUCGUCUGAUCGGUUCCCCCGCCGGCUACAUUGGAUAUGAUGAUGCUGGUCAGCUCACCGAAGCUGUGAGACGUAAACCAUAUGCCGUUCUGCUGUUCGAUGAGUUCGAGAAAGCUCAUCGUGAUAUUUCGGCCUUGCUGCUACAGGUUCUUGAUGAGGGUUUCCUCACAGAUGCUCAAGGCCAUAAGGUUGAUUUCAGAAACACCCUGAUUGUCCUUACCUCCAACCUUGGUGCUGAGAUCCUGGUCGGUGCCGAUCCUUUGCACCCCUACAAGGACGCUGAUGGCGCUGAGGUCCCAGAAGAUAUCAAGAAGGCCGUUUUGGAUGUUGUUGGGAAUGCCUAUCCUCCUGAAUUCCUCAACCGUCUCGAUGAAUUCAUCAUCUUCAAACGUCUCUCUAAAUCCGCUUUGCGAGACAUUGUUGAUAUCCGAAUCAAGGAACUUCAAAAACGUCUAGAUAGCCGCCGAAUGAUCUUGCAGAUAGAUGAUGAGGUCAAGGAUUGGCUUUGUGAUCAAGGCUACAACCCUAAGUUUGGUGCUCGUCCUCUCAACCGGCUUAUUGCCAAGCAGAUUGGAAACAAGCUGGCCGACAAAAUCAUCCGCGGAGAAAUUACGUCUGGUCAAACUGCCAAUGUGUCCCUCAAUGAAGACAAGUCUGCCAUAUUGGUUUCUGCAGAAGGAGUUGAGCAAAGGGCAUAA